AUGACGGAUCUGCUGCAGGUGCUGCCUGACUUCGACGCGAAACCCUACACCCAUCUGCUGCCCUCGCUCGACAAGGUCCUGAUCACCACAAAUGACCUGCUUACUCUUGACGCUGCCGAUGUUGCCAAACGCGCCCAGCUGCCGGCGGGAGAGGUGAGGAAGCUCGCAGAUGCCGUGAUAGCUGCUCUGCACCACCAACUUGGUUUCGGCGGAGAGGAAGCAGUCGGCAAUUCCUUCCUUUCCGCAUCGGGUAAUCCGGACUCUCCGAACGAUGGUUCGACUUGUAUAAGCACCUUGGAUGAAGAGCUGGAUGCUGCCUUGGGUGGAGGCAUACCGCGCGGGUACCUGGUUGAGGUCACCGGCGAGAGUGGUGCCGGUAAAACGCAACUACUCCUCACCCUGCUGCUGGCUUCACAACUGCCGCCUCCCCAAGGUCUUGCCAAAUCAGCAGUCUACAUAUCUACCGAGGCGAUACUAUCUACAAAUCGCCUCGCCCAGCUGCUAUCCUCUCACCCAGCCCUCGCUUCACUGCCCGCCGAUCAAAAGCCCUCAUUGUCGCGCGUGCUGAGCAUACAAACCCCAGAUCUCGAAUCACAAGAGCACAUCUUGCGCUAUCAGCUACCCGUAGCCAUCGAGAAGCAUGACGUCGGCCUUGUCAUCCUGGACUCUGUUGCGGCCAACUACCGCGCCGAGUUCGAGAAGCAAGGCACAGGCAAUGGGGCUGCGGCUAUGGCUAGGCGAGGCACACAGCUUGUACAGCUAGGUGCACUACUAAGAGAACUCGCGCGCACAGAAGGCAUAACUGUCGUCGUGGCCAAUCAGGUUGCCGACCGAUUUACAAAGGCACCAUCUGCUGUAUCCUCUAAUACUGCUUCACGCACAGCAUCCACCAACAGUCAAGGCACUGUCCGUACACCCUCAACUAACAGUCAAGGAGACAACCAGGACCAUGCACCUCACCCAGCCUCACAACCAAGCGAAAGCCUACUCCUCUCCCCCGACCCUCUCGCUCUCGACCACCAACAACGCUGGUUCACCGGUUGGGGCGACUCGCAAUACGAACAAGCCCACGUGCAAAAGACACCUUCACUGGGCCUCGUCUGGACAAACCAACUCGCCUGCCGUAUCGUCCUAAAGAAGAUGCCCGUCUUCGCCAGCAGAGGACCCCUAAUCCACACCGUCAACGGCCAAGACCAGUGGAAUGACGCAGAGGAAACCCAUAUUUCAAAGUGGAGACGCUGGUUCAAGGUUGUGUUUGCGCCUUGGGCUCCGCCGUCUGAGGGAAGGGGCGUCGAGUUUGAGAUACAGAAGAGUGGGAUUAGACAUGUAGUUAAACCUGAGAAGAAAUAA